UUAUUUAUUUUAUUGAAAUUAUUAUUUAUUUCAAAGAAUAAUCUUAACCAUGAAUCCUCAAACUAAAUCAACAGCGCUCUCUGCAGAUCUAAAUAACUUUAUUUACGGCGUUUCACGAAGAAAUUACCAAAAUGCACCUGAAUUAACCAAAAUCGGAUUAUCCUUACUAAAAAACUUCCCUGCAGCUAGAGAUGCUGUCUUGGAGUAUUUUGCCAUGAUUUUUCAUGAAGCAGUUAACAUCUCCAUAAAUCAAAUUGAUAUCGAAGCAGACUCAGCAGCGAAUGGCCCACUGGAAGCUGUCAGUAUGAUUGGUCCUGAGCUGUGUGCGCUGGGUGAAUCAUGGGCACCCUUCACUGCUCCUUGGUGUAUAAAACUGAUAAUGGAUAUAGCUACAGACAAGGCUAAUGUACAAAAUUCAACUUUACAAAAUACUGAACCAAUCAGAAUUCUACUGGACAUUACUACACAAAUCCUGACUUUACUCAAUUCAGAAGAGAGAGCAAAAUGUAUUGACAUGAUGAUAGAUUGUAGAGCAUGUUCCUGGGCUGUGGGGUGGGUAGGUCGCGCUGAGCCAGCUCUGGUGGCACCGAGGGCAUUAGCCCUAGGACCUGACGCAGCCAGGGCUGUGCUUGCUCACCUGGCCAACCACCCACCAGCACUGUUCCAUGUCCGAGCGGCACUACUAGAGUUAUUCCAUGAUGCCAUUAGUGACAAAAGCCAUGCAGAUAAGAAGAGAGAUGUUAUACCAUAUUUGUUGAAUCUGGCAUCAAAAUCUGAUAUAGUCUUAAAGGCACUGACACAAGAUGUUGAACAGACGUUAACAGAAAGCGUCAUGGAGCGGCUAUGCGCGGUGUGCGCGGCGCACGGCGCGGCGUGGGAGGGCGUGCGGCCUGACGCAGUAGUGACGUUGCUGAUGCGCGCCGACUGCCGCUGCCUGCUGCUGCUGCUGCGGUUCGCCCGGACACACCUCUACUGCCGACAGCUGCUAGAGUACCUACUACAGAAGUUGGAAUAUGAGAGUCUUUUCCCAGACAAGAUACCUCCCCUGAUCAUGAGUGCAGCGGAAGAAAUAGAUAUCAUGAGAGAGAAGCUACUCGAUGGCAACCAAUUGGAGCAGUAUUCUAUUGCCAGGAUACUUAUACUUGUUUCAUACAAUUUGCCAUCCGAAUUUGUGAGUACAAUCAGCUACUUACUACAGUAUUCUAGGAACGAUACGACUCUGGCGUUACUGGUUCGUAUUAUAUCCGGUACCCUGACGAUGCACACACCAAAUGACUCAAGCGACAUAAACUUAGAUACAGAGAGAUAUCAUAAUUUCAUAACAAACGGCAUAGAAUAUGCUUUCCGAGACGCUGAGUUGUCUGAUACUCAGAUCAAGCAAUACUUCAUAGACGACAAUGGCAAGGAACAGAAAACAUAUCUGCACUAUCUCUGCCUCAAUAUCAUCAAGUUGUUAAGAUGGGAGAACAGCAGCCGCAUAUCGUCCCUACGGGGGUGGCGCGUGGGGCGUGUCGGUGGCGCGGUGGCGGGCGCGGCGGGCCGGCUGGGGGCGGCGCUGGCGGCGCGCGCGUGCCUGCUGCGUGCUCGCGCGCCGCACACCGCCGCGGAGUUGGAUCAGAUGCCGACGUGUCACGCGCUAGCUGAGGUGCUGGACCGUAUUGACAUGUCUGGGACGAAAGCGCCGCCGCCGAGCGUAGAAGCCAUCAUAAAAGUAAUUCAAGCUACCGUCAAAUACUUCUUCCGGUGUUUACACGAAAAAAACGUAAUGCAGAAACUCCUAGGUGUGCAGACAGCUUGUCGCCUGCUGCACAAGCUGUGUCUCCACAGCAAGCUCGCCCGGGCCGUAGCUCUCAGGAAUUUGCUGGAGACAGCGAUGUUCACAGAGGGACGGACUUUCGGCUCGCCGGCCGACCCGUCCGCCCCUCCCACACAACUUCUUAUACACAUGAACCGUAGACACGGGCCGAUAACUCAACUGACACAAUCGCACACGUCGGUGUUCCACGCGGGCAUCAUCGGGAAGGGCGUGCGGCGGACCGCCCCCGACGACGCCACGCCCCCCAUACUCACCACCAAUAACGAGCUGCUCAUGGGCGCGCUCAUGUCUUGUAUGGACGGCAACAGCGGCAUCGUGGAGGGCGCUACGUCUAUCUCGCUCCUACUAGUGGAACUGGUUUCGCCCGACGUCAUGUACAACGGCCUGCCCUGGCCUGACGAGGACUUCACCAAGCAAGUGAGUAUAGAACGCGAGCUAUACAUCCGCGGCGCGUUGGAGCGGUGUGCGGUGGCGCGCGCGGCGCUGCGGCGGGCGGCGCGCGCUCGCCCCGCCCUCUGUCUGGCGUCCGCGCUGCUGCGUGCCAUCGCCGCGACGCUGUUGCACCGCACGCGCGCGCACCUUGACACGCAGUCGGCGGAGAUGUCCCGCGAACUGGCGGCGAUGACGGAGCUGCUGAGCACCAUGUCGCUCGGCCAGCUGCUGCCGCACCCGCUGACUCACAUACACCAGCUGGCGCCCGACCUCACCGCGGCCGAGAUAGUGCAAGUGCUACGGGACUGCAUCUGGAACUACACGCGCGACAACGUCCCCUCGCCCGCACUAUUCACAUGCGAUGCGUCAGGGCUACACUGGCGGGACCCGGCGACAUGCAAGCCGCUAGCGAUCUACACCGACACGCUUCGCAUCAUUAUACAGAAGAGGAUAGCCAAACUCGGCCACAUGUACCCACUCAUGUUCCUCAAUCUAGAGAAGGAGGCGUAAUACUGUAGUAGUUUUAAGCAUGUAAAUAUUGUAAAUAAAAUAAAG